AUUGUCACACCUGAAAGUGACAAGUCCAGCUCGGAUGAUGAUGAGCAACAGAUAGAGCUUGCUGAAGAAAUGGAAAAUGAAAUCUGCAGAGUCUGGGAUAUGUCCAUGGAUGAGGAUGUGGCUUUAUUUCUUCAAGAAUUUAAGGCUGCUGACAUAUUCAUGGGAGUACUAGCCAAAUCCAAGUGUCCCCGCUUAAGAGAAAUCUGUGUGGGAAUUUUAGGGAAUAUGCCUUGUUUCCAGGAGAUAUGUGUGUCCAUCAGCAGCUAUGAGGAUCGUGGGCAGGUGCUUCUGCAGUGUUUGUGUGACUCAGACCCACCCACUCUGCUAGAAACCAGCAGGUUGUUGCUUACUUGCCUUUCCCAGACAGAAGUGGCCAGUGUCUGGGUUGAAAGGAUCCGGGGCCAUCCAUCUAUUUACACUAGUGUUUGCUUCAUCAUGUCAAGUUCAACAAAUGUUGACUUGCUGGUGAAGGAGGGGGUGGACAAGCUCUUUGACUUGAAUGAAAAACUCAUGUUGGAGUGGAUUAGAAAAGGGACUCCUCAGCUUCCGGACCAACCCCAGGAGGACUCUGAAGAGCAGCAAGUGUUUUCGAUUGUACCCUGUGUACUGGAAGGUGCCAAGCAAGUCCGUUCUGAAAACCUGGAAGGGCUGGAUGUUUACAUGCACAUCUUACAGCUACUUACCACAGUGGAUGACGGAGUUCAAGCAAUUGUGCAGUGUCCUGAUACUGGAAAAGACACGUGGGAUUUACUUUUUGACCUCGUAUGCCAUGAAUUCUGCCAAGCUGGUGACCCGCCCAUCAUACUGCAGGAGCAGAAGACAGUGCUAGCCUCUGUCUUCUCAGUGCUGUCUGUCAUCAGGGCUUCAUGGAUGGGACAGGAACACCUGAAGACAGAAGAAGUGGAUCUUCCACUAAUUGACAGCCUAAUUCGGGUGUUACAAAAUAUGGGCCAUUGUCAGAAGAAACUAGCAAACUCUACAGAAGAGCCUACAAACUGUGGUUCAACUCAAGAUGACUUCCAUAUGAAGAUCCUGAAGGAUAUUUCAUGUGAAUUCCUUUCUAAUAUUUUUCAGGCAUUAACAAAGGAAACCAUGGCUAAGGGACUGAAGGAGGGCCAGUUAAGUAAAAAGAAAUAUUCCUGUGCAUUUCAGAGCCUCCUGCCUCUCUACAGCCCUGUG